UACAAUCGAAAAAAGCAAAGUCGCACCCUUAAAGAACGUAUCAAAAAUGUUGCUAAACUUUUCGCUCUGUAUACUAUGUACUCGGAUCACUUUGGUUAAAUAUAUUUAGUAAGAACGAAGUCUUGAUCCCAGAGUGUCUUGCGGCUGGGACUGCGCAGUAAGUGAACGGAGGAAUGUGGAUAAAACCUGUUGAAGUUUUGCUAUCUAAUGCUUUAUGGGUCACGGAAAGAGCCAACACUUACUUUAUAUUACAACGAAGAAAGGGUCAUGGUGAUAAAGGUUUGGGGUCAAUUCUUGUAAAUACAUUGGACACAGUUCUUGAUUCAAGCUGUAAAGUCUCUCCAUUCCGGAUACUUCAUCAAACUCCAAAUUCUGAAACAUGUUUACAUAUUGCAACAGGUACGUCAAGAGAGAACAUUGUGUCACACUGGAAUUGGUUGGAAAAGCAUGUAAUGGAAACACUCUGUUCGUUUGGAAGUGAAGCAGAUGUAACAGACUUUUUGUUGGGUAAAGUAAGCAGUCUUGCCGCCACUCAAAGUCAUAAGAAGGUUCAUUUGCCGGAAAACAGUCGAAAAUUUAAAGAGGCAAUUAUCAAGUUUUCCCAGUUGUUUAAUAUGCCACCAGAAGAGAAACUUGUCAACUAUUAUUCAUGUAGUUAUUGGAAAAAGAAAGUGCCAAGACAGGGGUGGUUGUAUUUAAGUGUCAAUCAUCUCUGCUUUUAUUCCUUUCUGCUCGGAAAAGUUGCCAAACUUAUAAUCAGAUGGAAUGAUGUAACUAAAUUAGAGAAGGAUAACACAUUGUUGGUGCCUGAAAGCAUCCAUGUUGCAACCAGGGAGAAUCGUUAUGUAUUUUCCAUGUUCUUGAAUAUAUCGGAGACCUAUCACCUCAUGACCCAGCUCGCUAAUAUUGCUAUCCGUCAGCUAGUCAAUCGAGACUCAUUAAAAGGAAACAUGAGUGAAUUUCUUUCUCCACCAGUGGAACGAAGCAAACGCAACACAAAGAGCAAACGCCGAAAGAUGUCAACAUUAAAAAGAGAUUUGGAUGCUCGUGCUCGUAGUGAGAGGUACCGUUUCAUAUUCCGACUUCCCAAAGAUGAGAAACUAGACGGUCAUAUACAGUGUACACUAUGGGCACCCUAUGAGAAGAAGCAUAUUUGGGGCAACAUGUUUCUUUCUCCAAACUUUAUUUGUUUUAAUGCGCAAUUUCAAGGUGUUGUCCAACUUGUAAUUCCCAUGAAGGAAGUUAAUGUUGUUGAAAAGGCAGAUUCUUCUAGUGUGUUACCUGAACCCAUUUCAAUAACUACGAGAGGUAAAAUGACGUUUUUAUUUGGGCACCUUCAUGAGCGGGAGUAUUUGUUAACAUUGAUUUCUGAUUUUCUUUCCAAAACCUCUCCAAACAAACAACCCGACACAAUAAAAAUGGUUCAGGAGCCAAAGGACCCACAAAGUGAAUCUCUCCAUCAAUCACCAACUGACAUUGAAUUCCAACCUGCCCUGUCUACAAUAUUUAACCUAAGUAAAUCCGCUCACAUGAAUGCCAAGGAAGUUGUGAAAGAAAACUUAUGGAGCAUCCAUUUCUCUGAGUUUGGACGAGGUGUGUGCAUGUAUAGAACUCCGAAAACAAAGGAACUUAUAAUGAAGGGAAUUCCUGAACGAUAUCGUGGCGAGAUGUGGAUGGUAUACUCGGGUGCAAUUAUUGAAAUGGCUAACCACAAAGGAUAUUACCAAUCUAUUUUAAAGCAAUGCAUGGGAAAGUGCACACUUGCCACAGAUGAAAUAGAAAGAGACUUGCAUAGAUCUUUACCCGAACACCCAGCAUUCCAAGCUAGUGAAGGAAUUGAUGCUCUGCGUCGUGUACUUACAGCUUAUGCAUUCCGUAAUCCAAGUAUUGGAUAUUGCCAAGCAAUGAACAUUGUGACAUCUGUAUUACUUCUAUAUGCUAAUGAGGAAGAAUCGUUCUGGUUGUUAGUUUCAUUAUGUGAGAGACUUUUACCUGAUUAUUAUAACACACGUGUGGUUGGAGCCCUGGUGGACCAGGGUGUAUUUGAUGAACUAACCAAACAACACUUGCCAAAAAUUCACGACAAACUAGAGGUGUUAGGAGUGGUGCGCACGGUAACUCUUUCAUGGUUCCUCACAUUAUUCUUAUGCUCCAUGCCAUUCAACUCCGCUGUUCGUGUUGUAGAUGCUUUUUUUUACGAUGGUGCUCAAGUUGUGUUUCAAAUUGCACUUUAUGUUUUGAAAGCAAAUGAGGAUGUGAUAUUAAAGUGCAACGAUGAUGGAGAAGCGAUGACAAUCCUCGCAAAUUAUUUAAAUCAAGUCGGAAAUCGUGACAUUAACACUGACCAGACAAAACUUUUAAGUCAUGUUGAUGUGUCGGAUCUAAUUACAAAAUCGUACGAACAUUAUAGUCAAGUUUCAUCGGAAGUUAUCGAAAAUAUGAGGUUUCGACAACGCCUGGAGGUUGUUCAGAGACUUGAAGAUUCAGCCACUCGUUCAUUCAUGAGGACGAUGCAGGAACUAACCAAGUUCCCAACCGAUAUAUUGCAAGGUUUAUACUUCUUGUUUAAAGCAGAGUUCAUGAAAAGAUCAUACUGGAGCAGAUGUUUACCAAAGGAAGACAAAACAGUGGACCCUUCCAACUUUAUAUUGGAGCAAUACACCAUUGAUUAUGAACAGUUCAGAACUAUAUUUGGUGCACUAUCUCAAUGGAGCAAACCACCACCAGAUCCACUGCUUGACCAGAUAUACAGGUUGUGCGCCAAUAAAGAAGGUCUUAUUAAUUUCCAGGAAUUUGCUGUCAGACUCUCCACCAUAUCUAUCGGUGACCACCACGCAAAGCUGAGGUUAUUAUAUGAUCUUCAUUUACACCCAGCAUUGCCAACCAUGAAUGAAAAUGCGGAAGUUGGUGUGGAAGCAAUGCAUUACUUUGAUGAUUCGGAUGUGACAGUUGGUGAGGUGGGGGAUUGUAGUUACGAACCAUCAAACAUCGUUGUUGAUAACGACUUGAUGUUCACACAAGCUGUUGAAGAUCACUUUGCACAAGUCACCGAUCAACUGGAUGCAACUCAUAUAUUGGAUUUGGAUCUUCCAUCUUCCGCAUCAAAUGUUGAUUCUUCUUCAUCGACUUCAGAUGUCAACACUGAAAAUAAAUUGCAAGCACUUGAUGAGGAAACUGUAGAUGUCCCACUCACCUAUCAACAAAACACUUUAUCCAAAGUUUUUAAGAAACAAACUUCUCCUUCCAGGAAACAAAAUUCAAUGAACCAGGAGCAAUUUAUACUCCUUUGCAAAACAAUGUACAAUCUGUUCACUGAUGACCCCAAGGAACAGGAACUUUUCCAAGCAAUUUCACUCGUUACAUCUCUUGUCAUUCAACUUGGAGAAGCUGGACGACAAAUUAGCCAGACAAAGGUGGAACCAGAGACCGCGCGUAACGCCGAUGUCGCCACGCUGGAUGAAGAUUCUACUUCACAGGCUGUGACGUCAGAGAAUACUUCGCCGAUUUCCGAUGACGUAGCUUGCGAGGUUUCACCUUCACGUGGUGGUAACAGUUUAGGGAAUAAUCAAGACUGGGUGAUUUCGUUCGAGCAGUUUGUUGCUUCUGUAUUGACGGAGAGUGUUCUAUGUGAAUACUUUGACCGUAAACAUGACAUUACUGAGACAAUAGCUCAGUUAAGAAACCGUGAUAUCAUAGAAAAAACUGAAUGAUACCGAAUUUUGAGUUCAAGUGGACAAGUGCAAUGAUUGUUUGUUUCACUAGUUUUAAACUGCACCAUAUUUUGUAAUUUUAGUAUAUAUGUAUAUCUUAUGUACACGUCUCGCCUUUAUUUCAAAUUUAUUUUCUAUCAGUCUUUAUUCAACAUUGAAUAUUUCAGUUAGGGGGUUUCGGGGUUGCUGCUGAUUUCUAAAUGAUCAUCAUUAAAUAUAUUCAUUUACUUUACAUGAUAUAAAUAUAGUUAUAUGAACCAUGGUA